CCAAUUAAACAAUACAUUUUGACUAUGGAAAUAUUAAAUAAACCAUCCAAAGAAAAGUGGGAAAAUGCCAAAGGCUAUCAGUGGAUACCUUUUGAAAAUUUUCAAAAUGUUACUUAUUUUACCAGAGGCGGAUUUGGUAAAAUUUAUUUAGCCGAAAGGCCUGAAGGGUAUAUUACCGGCUGGGAUAUUGAAAAUCAAAAAUGGCAAAGAGGUACAAGUACUAAGGUUGUAUUAAAAAGUUUGGAUAAUUCUUCUGGAAUUAGUAAAGAAUUUUUAAAUGAGAUUAAAUCUCAUAUUCAGAUUUAUUUUUGGGGUAUUCUUCAAUGUUAUGGAAUAACUCAAGAUCCAAACACUAAAGAUUAUAUGAUGGUUUUACCAUAUUGUGAAGAUGGAAGUUUGAGAAAUUACUAUUUAAAUAACCAUAAAGAAGAUAUCCAUAAUGCUGGUAAAGUACAUAAAGACUUCCAUUCGGGUAAUUUAUUAUUAUAUGAUCGUGCUAUAUAUAUAAGUGAUUUAGGAAUGUGUCAAUCAGCAUAUAAUAAUAAUGGAAAAUCAGACAAAAAAGAAGUUUGUGGAGUAUUACCUUAUAUGGCACCAGAAGUUUUGCGUGGAUAUCAAUAUACAAAAGCUGCAGAUAUUUACUCAUUUGCAAUAAUUAUGAAUGAGUAUUUUUCUGAAGAAAUUCCUUUUAAUGGUAUUCCUCACGAUGAAUAUUUAGCUAUACAAAUAUGUAAAGGACUUAGGCCAAAAAUUUUUGAAGGUACUCCAAAAUUACUUGCAGAUUUAAUUAUGAAAUGUUGGGACGCAACAGCAGAAAAUAGACCAACUACUAAAGAAUUGUAUGAAAUAUUAAUAAAAUGGAAUGAAGAAAAAAAGAAACGUAAUAGUGAAAUUUAUUCUCAAUUGAAAGAAUACGAUAAAAUUAAUAAAAACAAAUUGGAAAGCGGAUCAAGUAAUAAGAAGUCUGAAAAUGUUAAAUCUCACUCUCAAGCAAUUUAUACUAGUAGACUUUUAAAUUUCAGACAACUUCCAGAACCUUCAUCUCAAUUAUAUUCAGGUAGUAUUUUAUUUUAA